AUACACAUGCAUUUAUGUGAUACAAUUAUGUUGUUAUUACAGUAAUAUAAAAUGUUUCAUGUCAGUCUUGUAUCCUUUGUGUUAGUAAGUUAUUUAUAAUAUUGGUAUAUUGUGCUAAGUAAAGUGAAACACUUCUGGUCUUUAAAUAAAUAAGUACCUACUUAUAUAAAUGUAUUACUAUAGUUAUAGCAAGUAUGAAGUAGGUACUAUUAAUGUCUAUGGUAAUCAUAAAAUGUGUUAGGUAUCAAUGUUAGUAAUCUAUAAAAUAUAAUAAGCAUUGAACAAUUUGGAAAUUACAGAUGUAAUAUCCAUUUCCAUCUUGUUUGUGAUAUCUCGGCCAUCAUUAUUGACUAAGUCCCUCUUCACAAUUACAUGUAUGUUGUAUGCUGCAUUUUUUGAUUUACAUUGUUAAAGUUCAUAAUAUAUAUAAUCACUACAUCAGCAUGACACAUUUACAGAUUUUUAGUUUGAAAUCAUGUUCAUAGUGAAUGAUUUCUAACUUCCAAAUUUAUAAAUGACAUACUGAACAACCUUAAUAUAAUAUACCUAUAUGUUUAUUAAAGACUAUCCCAAUGUUACGACAUCAGAAAUAAUAAGGSCGAUUCUUUUUUUUUAGCCUUUUUUUGUCUCAUGCAAAUAUUGCCACUUUUAUUCUUAUGUAUUAUUAAUUGAAGUAUAUACUAAUGUAAACUAUUAGGUAUACUAUUUAUUUUAUAAUUAAUGACAUGGACCUUUUAUGAUUACUCAAAUAUACAUCUAUUUAUUUCAGAAUUCCACAAUUCUUAAGAUAAUUUGGUACUUUUCUGUUAUCCCUACUACCGCUCGAUGCCACGACUACCACUCGAUGCCGCGACUACCGCUUGACGUUUUAUUGAUAAUUUUGAUGACUUUUUGUUUUAUAUAUAAUAACUCUACUGUGAUUAUUUAUGUGAUUGCUAAUAAUAAAUGUUAUACUAAUAUACAUUAUUUCUUAAAUGGUAAUUCAUGAUGUGUAUUAUGUAUUAAAAUAGGAACUAUAUGGAUAGUACUAUGGUAGUCGAAACGACAGAAUUGAGUUUGUCGCAGCAUCAGCAAGGUAGUCGAGAUAACAGAAUUGAGAGUUGCGGUAGUAGGGAUAACAGAAAAGUUUCAGUUGGAGCAAGACAAGCAUUUGAUUUUCUCGGAUUUAUGUGGGGAUCAGUAUUAGCAAAUUUUUUUGAACUUUUGUUUAUUAUUUUUGGAAUAUUUGGUGUACUGCAAUCAGAUGUAUUAUACUUAUUAUCGUAUUCAGCAUGGAGUAUUGUUUGGUGUAUUUGGAAUAUAUUUGUAGUUUUAUAUUAUUUGGAAUUUUCAAUUUUUAGUGAUGGUUUUGAUGUGAUGAGUCUUGGUGCAAAUAGUGUUAGUUGGUGGGAAUCUAAUGGUCCUGGUUGCAGAGUAUUCUUUUAUCCAAAUCACACAGGCAUUGAAGAAGAUGCUAUCAAGCCAGUUAGACCAGAUUUGAUCACUGGAUGUGUUAUGGAUUAUCAAAAAAUUGAAACUGCUCAAGCGUCCUUACAAAUACUUUUUGCUGUUUUUGGUAUUCUUUGCAGCUUGUAUGUAUCAUGUUGCUCAAAAUCUAGAGAUGAAGGAAUUUACUACAAGAGUAAGCAACCAAAAACUAUUACACCAAUAUACUCUAUUGAAUAUAGUUCACGCCGAGGAGAUGAAAUUGAAGAAAUAAGCACCAUCAGUGGCAGUGAAGAUGGUGAUUUAGAUCCACAAAAUUCUCAUACUAAACCCAUGACACCUAGACGAGUAAAACGAAGAAGUGUAACAUCAAGGGGUACUCUACCUCCUCCACAUCAAGCGCCACCGCCAUAUCUUAGACGACAAUCUAGCUCUCAAUAUUCUAGUCGAAAACAUAAAAAUCCUGUUUCUAGACUUAUCCAACAACAGUAUUCAAAUAAUGGUUUGAACGAUUCUUCAACAUCUAAUGAUUCAAGUCAUCCAUUGUUCCCAGAAUGUCGAGUUGAAUUAAGACAUGUCAACAGAGGCAUUGUAAAUCCUGCCUUAGACACAGAAUCUGAACGUCCAACAUCAGCGCGUUCAACAUACUCAAAUUUCCACGGAGCACGAGGUCGGCCCAGACAAGUUAACACUCAUUCCACUUUUUUUGCCCCAUCAGAUCAACCUCCACCAGCUUAUCGUAGUAAUGCUUCUGUUAAUUCAGAAACUGUUAUAUAACUAGAACAAAUGUAGAAAAAAGUUCAAAGUAGAUACAAUUUUAAGAUCUCAUUUUUGUUUUAAUUAUGUUACUACUUGUCUUAAUGUAACUAAAAAAAUGUAUGGUAAUUUAUAAUGCUACCUUCAUUUUUUAAAUGUGCUUAUUUUUCUUAUGUGUGUUCAAUGAUUUUUUUUAAAAAAAAUAAGAGGCUAAAAGACACUUAUUCCUACUAUUUUACACUAAGAUAAUUGAAUUAUAGCAAUAUGAUUAGAACAAUGAAUAUACUUAAGUUUCAAAAGUUAUUUUUCUAGAAAUCAUAUACACUAUAUAGUAAACAGAUUUUGUUAUUAUCUUGUAGUAACUAUUAUUAGCAAAUUGCAGUUAGAAAAAU